AUGGCGAUGAAUUUUGUGACCUUCAACCAGGACUACAGCUACCUGGCGGUAGCGACGUCCAAGGGCUUUCGCAUUUUCACCACCGAUCCCUUUGCUAAGAGUUAUGAAACAAAAGAAGGCAACAUCGCUGUUAUCGAGAUGCUCUUUUCGACCUCCCUAGUCGCACUGAUUCUCUCCCCACGGCGCCUCCAAAUCACGAACACCAAGCGUCAAAGCACGAUAUGCGAACUCACCUUUCCCACGACCGUGCUCUCCGUGAAGCUGAACCGGAAGCGCUUGGUUAUCGUGCUCGAAGACCAGAUUUAUCUCUACGACAUUCAAACGAUGGGGCUCUUAUCAACGAUCGACACCUCACCAAACCCGCAUGCUAUUUGCGCUUUGGCGCCCUCAUCAGAAAAUUGCUAUAUGGCAUACCCACUGCCGCAAAAGGCUCCAACGACUAUCAAACAGCCUGCACAUGCUCCCCCCGGGACAUCACAUGUCUCCCCCACUACCGGAGACGUCUUGAUCUUCGACGCCGUCAAGUUGGAAGCCAUCAAUGUCAUCGAAGCUCACCGUUCUCCACUUGCCUGCAUCACAUUGAAUAGCGAUGGCACGCUGCUCGCCACUGCCUCGGAUAAGGGCACCAUCAUUCGAGUCUUUUCCGUUCCCGAUGGUCACAAGCUCUAUCAGUUUCGACGAGGAUCAAUGCCCUCCCGCAUCUAUAGCAUGUCUUUCAACACGACCUCCACUUUGCUCUGCGUCUCGUCUUCGACAGAGACGAUUCACUUGUUCAAGCUGACCCAGCAGGGACCCACUUCGGAUGGCUCAUCCGCCCACUCACCAGUAGGCCGCGACUCGCAAUCGGCCAGCAGCUUAUAUGGACACCAUGACGACGAUGAGAACAACGGGGAAAGCAGCGCCGACCUUGCAGCCAGAAAGCACAAUGGCACCCUGAUGGGCAUGAUCCGCCGGACUUCACAGAAUGUUGGCGGAGUAGUCGCUGCCAAAGUGGGCGGAUACCUGCCGAAGGGGGUCAGUGAGAUGUGGGAGCCCGCGCGAGACUUUGCUUGGUUCAAGCUUCCUCGAUCUGCUCAAAGUACAGGCAGUGGUGGCAGCAAUGGACCGCUCAGAAGUGUUGUCGCCAUGAGCAGCAACACGCCGCAAGUUAUGGUCGUCACCAGUGAUGGCAACUUCUACGUCUUCAAUAUCGAUUUGUCCAAAGGUGGAGAAGGGACACUCACGAAACAAUACUCGGUCAUCGACUCGGUCGAUAAACUGGGGCAUCCGUCUGUGGAUUACUAA